AUGGCUGGCCGCAAGACUUUGUUGGCGCCGAUCCACUUUAUCUUCAGCCUGUUGCAGAAGCGCAGCACUGUCUCGAUCUGGUUGUACGAGCAGCUCGCCUUCCGUAUUGAGGGCAAGAUCAGGGGCUUCGAUGAGUUCAUGAACCUCGUUGUCGAUGACGCGGUGGAAGUGCGCCUAGCUACCAAGACUGAGGAGGAGAAGCGGAGGCCUCUCGGCCAAAUCCUUCUCAAGGGCGACAACGUCUCCCUCAUCCAGGCCGUUUGA